AUGGCACUGAACCCUCCCAUAUGCACUAUGAAAAUGAUGAGAAUUACUUCCGGGGCUAUGAGUGGUGGCUGAUGAAAGAAGCCAAAAAGAGGAACCCCCAAAUUAAACUGAUUGGAUUACCUUGGACAUUUCCGGCAUGGAUAGGGAGGGGUGAAAACUGGCCCUAUGACUAUCCAGAUGUCACUGCUUACUAUGUUAUUUCUUGGAUAUUAGGAGCUAAACAGUAUCAUGAUUUGGAUAUUGAUUAUAUUGGGAUAUGGAAUGAAAGGGCAUUUAGUAGCAAAUAUAUAAAGGUACUUCGACAAUCUUUGGACAGACUGGGUCUAUGGAACGUUGGCAUCAUUGCUGCGGAUGGAGAUUGGAACAUUUCAAAGGAGAUGAUAGUUGAUCCCUAUCUUAAUGAUGCUGUUGAGGUAGUCGGGGCUCAUUAUCCUGGAACAAAAACAGUGCCAAAUGCCUUAUUAACUAAGAAGAAACUGUGGUCUUCAGAAGAUUACAGUACUUUCAAUGAUGAAGUGGGCGCAGGCUGCUGGGCUCGUAUCCUGAACCAAAACUAUGUGAAUGGAAACAUGACCUCAACCAUUGCAUGGAACUUGGUGGCAAGUUAUUAUGAGCAGUUACCCUUUGGUCGAUGUGGAUUAAUGACCGCACAGGAGCCGUGGAGUGGCCACUACAAAGUAGAAGCUCCUAUCUGGAUUACAGCACACACAACGCAAUUUACUCAGCCAGGCUGGUCAUACUUGCAAGUGGAUGGACAUUUAGAAGGAGGUGGCAGUUUUGUAGCUCUGACAGAUGGCAUAGGAAACCUUACCAUCAUCAUUGAAACUAUGACUCAUAAUCACUCUCAAUGUAUCAGGCCUCCACUACCUCAUUUCAGUGUGACACCUCAGAGAGCAACUUUCUACCUCAAAGGAUCAUUUUAUAUGGUGGAAACACUUCAAGUGUGGCAUUCUAGACUUGGUUUUGAAUCUGGAAACUCUAGUCUUUUUGAGCAACUCCAUCCUGUAAAGGUGUGGAAGGGAAGUUUUUCUUUAGAUCUAAACGUGGAUGAAGUCUACACUUUAACAACACUCAAGACAGGGCAGAAAUGUGGUUGCUCAGAGCCUCCACCACCUCAACCCUUUCCUUCAAAUUACAAAGAUGAUUUCAAUAUUCGGAACCCACCUUUCAGUGAAGCCCCAAAUUUUGCAGAUCAGACAGGUGUAUUUGAAUACUUCAUAAAUGCUUCUGACCCAGGAGAUCAUGUGUUCACACUCCGCCAGGUGGUGGUUCAGCAACCCAUCACUUGGGCUUCUGAUGCAGAUCAGACCAUCAGUCUCAUAGGAAAUUUUCAAUGGAUGAACAUGACAGUCACUUGUGACAUCUACAUAGAAAAACAACGUGAUGGGGGCGUGUUUAUUGCAGGAAGAGUUGACAAUGGUGGGAUAUAUGUUCGACGUACCAAAGGAGUUUUCUUCUGGGUUUUUGCAGAUGGCACCUACAGAGUCACUGGUGACCUCGCUGGAGAAGAAAUAUUAAUGAAAGGACUCUCUGGUGUCCGGGAUAAUACGUGGCACACACUUACUCUCAACAUUCAGGGCACUUCUGCCUCAGGACUGUUAAAUGGUUAUCCACUCUGGGAGAAUGUCACCAUUUCUAAACCAAGUAAUGGCUGGGCUGCUAUUGGAACUCGUUCGUUUGAGUUUGCACAGUUUGACAACUUUCAUGUUGAAGCUAGCUGA